AUGGAUAUCUUUCUCAAAAACUUAUUGAUGAGUUCCCUAGUAACUAAGGCAGACUCUGAGUUGCUAAUGUUAAAAUAAAAUGAAUUUAAGGAAAUUAAUGACGAUUGUCCAACGAUGGGGCUUUAUUGCAGAAAGAAAAUAAAAAGAGAUUAGGUUGAUAAUAGUCAAUGCUGCUUAGAAGGGACUUAGAAGGUUAAGUAAGUAGCAGAAGAAUAAAAAGAACAAGAAGCUGGAAUCAAUAAAUAUAUAUAUGAUAUGUAAUAAAAAAAUAAUUAUGAUUAGGAAAAAAAUGUUAAAGGAGUAGUAGGAAGAGUUGAUACUAGAACAUCGAGUAGAGAAUAACAUUCAGUACAUAAGUGGUGAUACAUUAGUAUUUUCUAACAUUAUUCUUUAGGUUAAAGCAAUGAAAUAAUCUGAUCUAAUUAUUUACGAUUGUCGAUACCAAUAUGAAUUUGAAGGUGGACACAUUAUGGGGGCUGUCCAUUUGAGUCAUUCGACAAAUUUAUUCGAUGAAUUAUUCAGUUAAAGCGAAUAGUCAAAGAAAAUUGUGGUGUUAUAUUGUGAAUUCUCAAUAAAAAGAAGUCUCGAAAAGUAAAAAUAAAAAUUUAAUUUAGAUAUUUUGAGAUUCGAAAAUUAGACAGGAGUAUUAAUUAAUAUCCAAAAUUAACUUAUAACAACUUAUACCUAUUGUGUGAUGGGUACUCAAAGUUCUACUAGAAUUUCUCUCACUUGUGUAAUGGAUUUUAUAUUUCAAUGAAUGAUCCUGCCUAUGAGUAACAAUUGGACAAAGAAUAAUAAAGAAGGAUUAUUGUGAAACAAAAGAAUAAUUAUAGAAAAUAACUUGUUGUUUGA